AUCUGAUUUUUAUAUCUUCCACCUUCUCUUCUUUUCUUCUCUCCCUUUUCCAUGUUUCUUUGUUUUCUUCUCUUCUUAGGACAAUAAAUCCAAUAAAAAGCACCUUCAACCAACAUGGUGCUUUCAUUCUCUAUUUAUUCUAAAUCACUCAUUCUCUGAUUUUUCUUCAUAGAUCGGUGCUUUUUCAUUUCAUCUGACCUGCCAAAUUCAGUGCAUGGGUUGCUGUUUUAUUGAGGGAUUCAUUUCAUAAGUUUAACAGUAUUAAGUUGGCAAAUCAUAGAUUCCUUCAAUGCAAGGGCAGAGCGGUACAAUUGAUUCCUUAGCUGAAAUGUUAGAGCUAGAAUUUGAAUGUGGACCAACACCAAGUAAUACUACUGCGGAUCAGCAUACAUAUUGGAAUAAUAUGCGGAAUCCGACAGAAAAUCAAAUACCUGAUUAUAUACUUUCUCCUAGUGACAUAAGCCCAUCUCAUGUGAAUUCAAUAAAUCAUGAAUGGCAAAAUUUGAGUGGAUGGAGCUUAGGCGAGCCAAGUUCCAGUAAUACACAGAAUGAAAUAGAUGAUAAUGAACAGAAAAGAGAACUUGGAUGGUCAUCAUCCAUUAGUGCUGGUGCAUUAGCUGGUCCAAGACUUGAAGAUCGGCGCCUUGAUCCAAGCAAUGCUCUUUCGCUGGAUGAUGUCAACACCGGUCCUGUGUAUGACCGCAGCUCCAAUUCUCAUUUGAUGUCCCAGAAUCUCAACUUAAAUGAAGGUUUAGCGGACAGUGGCAGUGAUAAUAGUCCACAUCGGGGUCACCCUAACGUACACAAGUCCAGUGAAUCAGUAAAUGAGUGUAUUCAGCCUAAUAAUGGUUCUGAUUCUUUUCUUCUUCCUUCUGGGAAUAAUGGCUUUCUAGUAGAAGAUACUGAUGGUAGGCCAAGUUCUUCUUUGGACACUCGACGCAUGUCUUGUAAAAGAAAAGCUGUUGAAGGAAAUUCGAGGCAAUCUUCAGAUGGUGGAGGUUCUAGCUAUAGUCAGCACAUAGAUGGUAGUGCUUGGCACACCUUUCCUACUCAGGAUCAUGCUGGAAGCAGUUCAAGCAGAUCUAUUUCCUCAGAACAUUUAAAUGCAAGACUUGGCCUGGGUGUGGGGGAUGAAGCCUCUGAAAGUGUUCCUGAUUCAGACGUUGCAGGAAGCUCAGAAAGCUUCCACAGGAACUUCCGUUUGAGGGUAAAUCCUUCAAACCAACAAAAUUCUGUUCCUCCCUCCGCAUUCUCAACUGGGAGCAUAGGUAGGCAUUCUGGUGUUUCUUCAUCCUCUCAAGUGCCACAAAGGUUUCAUCCUGCUGAUGAAUCUCUGAACUUGAGGUCACCACCACUAAUAGAUAAUGUAACUCCUCAAAGCCAGCCCCUUGUAAUCCAUGCUCCUUCUUUGCCAAGGAAUCGUCAAUCAUUUAGAUGGAGUGGUGGUUCUAACUCAAGAAACAUCCAUUCAUCAAACUCUUUUAGAUGUGCAGACAGGGAUAAUCAAUCGCUGGAGGCUGCAAGCUCAAGAAGUGUGUCUAGAAAUAUUUUAGAACACCCAGUUUUUGGACCAUCAGCUGAUUUAAGAAAUUUGAUUCAAAACCCGACAAUUACGGCUUCAAGUUCAAGUAGUGCAAAUUUAAGUGUUCCUGGAAAUGUUGCUUCUUCAUCAAGGACUGGAUCGAAUUUAGCUACCAAUCUCUCAUCUACCUCAACUUGGGGAUCUCGUCCUAAUCCUCCGCAGCAUCCCCGGAGGUUAUCUGAAUAUGCUCGACGGUCCUUGUUUUCUUCUGGUUCCGAUGCUACUGGAGGUCCAAGCAAUAAUUAUUCCUCCUUGCGCACUGGUCCGUCUACAACUGAAUCAAGGGUUUUAUCAUCUGGGGCUCACCCAAGAUCAUCUUCAUGGUUGGAGAGGCAAGGAGAUAGUGACUUUGGAUUUCCUUAUUCACUACGUUCUUUAGCUGUUGCUGGUGAAGGAAGUAGUAGACUUGUAUCUGAGCUCCGCAAUGUCUUGGGCCUUAUGCGUCGGGGAGGAAACCUGCGAUUUGAGGAUGUUAUGGUCCUUGAUCAAUCAGUGUUUUCUGGAAUCGCUGAUAUUCAUGAUCGUCAUAGGGAUAUGCGACUUGAUGUUGAUAACAUGUCUUAUGAGGAGCUUUUGGCUCUGGAAGAGCGCAUUGGAAACGUGAGUACUGGGUUGAGCGAGGAAAUGAUAUUGAAACUUAUAAAACAGAAAAAGCAUUCAGUUGAAACAGGAUCUCAAUUUGAUGCAGAACCCUGUUGUGUUUGUCAGGAGGACUACAAUGAUGGAGAUGAUAUUGGAACACUUGAUUGCGGCCAUGAUUUCCAUAGCUACUGUAUUAAACAGUGGCUUAUGCAUAAGAAUCUGUGUCCCAUUUGUAAGACAACAGGCUUGUCAACAUGAGUUUUUUCACUUGAUUCUCAGGAUAAUACGAUGAAGAUCAAGAAACAUGGCACGAUUCACGCCUUGGAAUUCUGAUUAAUUGAAGCCUAAUCCUCUGAUGCUUUGUUGCCUUUUCGCUUUUCAUACCUUGUUUUCUAUAUGCAGCGUAGUAAAUUGCCCUGAAUUUGUUAUUAUCGUUUUGUUUAUUUAUCUUAAGCCAAUGAUCUAUGGAUGUGUUUACUGAAUAUAUCUAGAAGUAUGUGUCAUGAUGCAUUUUCUUUUAAGAUUUGAUUUUAAGUGGAGAGCUUCUGUGUCCCAUUUGUAAGACAACAGGCUUGUCAACAUGAGAUUUUUCACUUGAUUCUGAAAAUACGAUGAAGAUCAAGAAACAUGGCACGAUUCACGCCUUGGAAUUCUGAUUAA